CAGAUGCUGCAGAGUAGAUUAGAUUCAGGUGAAUCACUUGGCCUUCCCGAUGGACUCCUGAUAAAUGGGAUGAAUUCUUCGACCUUCACUGGGAACCAAGGGAAGACAUAUAUGUUCAGAAUUUCAAAUGUUGGCCUAUCAGCAUCGUUUAACUUCAGGAUUCAGAAUCAUAUGAUGAAGCUAGUUGAGGUUGAAGGAUCUCAUGUUAUUCAGAAUUUGUACAAUUCUCUGGACGUGCAUGCUGGCCAAUCUUUUGCUGUUCUAGUAACUCUAGAUCAAGCUCCUAAAGAUUACUACAUUGUUGCAUCUACACGUUUCACAAAUGAGGUCCAUACAUCAACCGCGAUCUUGCAUUACUCAGACUCCAAAGUUCCCGUUUCUGGACCUCUUCCCGAUCUUCCAUCCGACUUUCAAUUUCAACAGUCAUUACAGCAAGCAAGAACCUUCAGGUGGAAUUUGACAUCAAAUGCAGCAAGGCCUAAUCCACAAGGCUCGUAUCAUUACGGAAGUAUCCCAAUUACAAAGAGAUUUGUAUUUGCCAAUUCUGCACCUGUAAUCAAUGGGAAGCAAAGAUAUGCCGUUAACGGAGUCUCCUUUGUGAAUCCCGACACUCCUCUGAAGCUUGCUGACCACUUUAAUAUCUCCGGAGUCUUUCAAUUGGAUUCUAUCCCAAGCGUUCCAUCCAAUGGCCCUGCAAAUUUGUCAACUUCAGUUGUGAACACAACUCUCCAUGACUUUAUUGAAAUCGUUUUCCAGAACGAUGAAGAUAACUUGCAAUCUUGGCAUCUUAAUGGUCAUGAUUUCUGGGUUGUUGGCUAUGGUUCUGGACAAUGGAGUAAUGACAGUAGACAAGCUUAUAAUCUGGUGGAUGCUACAACCCGACACACUGUACAGGUAUUUCAGAAAUCUUGGACAGCAAUAAUGGUAUCCUUGGAUAAUCAAGGAAUGUGGAAUUUGAGAUCGGCGAAAUGGGAAAGACAGUAUUUGGGACAGCAGCUAUAUCUUAGGGUUUUUAGCAACGAACGAAGCCUUCGAAAUGAAUACAACAUUCCUUCUAAUGUUAUGCUCUGUGGUAAAGCCGUUGGAAGCCAUAUUUAA